ACAAGCCCCAGCUGCAUAAUGAAUCUUGUAUCCCGAAAAGACUCACAGCAGACAUCUGCUGAGUCACAACAUUUAAUAAAGUCUAUGCAUUCUACGUUUUUAUAAGGGAAGACAUAGUACAGCUAUCAAAUUGGCCGCUGCUGCUUCCUAUUUUAAUUGCACCACCGUUAUGUGGCUCCGCCAAUUACAGGACUGCAUCCCGAUUCAGGAUGAGCAUCUUCACCAAGACCUCACCAAAAUUAUUUCUGCCACGCAGUUCUCUGUGGAUGCCACUCUAGACUCUAUUAAGUUUGCAUCCCAGGCAUUGUCCACCUCAGUAAUGUCCAGACGUCUUUUGUGGCUUCGCAACUGGCAAAUGGACAACAAGUCCAAAUGGAAUUUAACAGAGGCACCUUACACUGGUCUCAAUCUCUUCGGGGAAUCGCGUGAUCCGAUUCUCAUUGAGAACAAAGAUAAGAAGAAGGUCCUACCCUCUAACACCAAGAAGCCGGAAUCCCGUCCGGCUCUUUACCGUAGACCUUCUUCUUACAGACCACCUGAUCCGGACUAUCGCCAACAGUGGUACUUCCCUUAUAGGUCCGACAGACAGAGUCACCGUCCCUUUUAUCAGGACAGGGGAAGGUACCAGGGUCAGUCCAAGCAGCCCUUUCUUGGGGGGGGGGGGCGUGGCCGCCCCUUCCACAGCGGGAAAUGACUCCAACCCAAGUCAGACCAUAGGCAGCCACCUAGUGUCCUUCGCGGAUCAGUGGAACCAGAUAACCUCAGAUGCUUGGGUCAGGUCUACCAUCAGGAACGGCCUCCAUCUAGAAUUUCUCUCCCUCCAAUGGUCUUCAGGACCUUCCCUCCAUCCAGGGAUCUGGAACAGUGCCAUCUAAUGAGUCUGGCCAUCCAACACCUGCUGGACAUUCGGGUGGUAGAACCAGUCCUGAGGAAGGAGUAUGGGUUGGGUCUAUACUCCAACCUAUUCGUUGUCCUGAAGAGCUCGGGGGGAUGGAGGGCAAUUUUGGACCUGAAGCGCCUCAACUCUUACCUGGUUUACCGGCACUUCAAAAUGUCAUCUCUCAGGUCCAUACUCCUGGUGAUCCAGCGGAGCGACUUCAUGGCAUCUGUAGAUUUGACGGAAGCAUAUCUGCACAUUCCAAUCCUACCUGCCCAUCACAGAUUCCUCCGUUUCUCCCAUAAGGGGCACCACCUCCAGUAUAGGGCUCUCCUAUUCGGUCUGGCCUCUGCCUCACGCACGUUCACGAAGGUCCUGGCAGCAUUGGUGGUUCACUUGCGAUCUCACCCAGUGAGACUCCAAUGCUACCUAGAUGACAUGCUCGUUCAGGCCCAAUCACGUACACAGGCAAUUCAUGACCUGAACCUGACAAUUCAGAUGUUACAGUCCCUGGGGUUCUUUGUCAACUUUCCCAAAAGCCAUCUUUCAUCCAUGACGAAAAUCCUUCAUUUGGGUACAGUAAUAGACUCUGUAGCGGGACUUGUUCGACUUUUUUCAGAACACCUCACAAAUCUUCAAGCCUUAACAUGUCACAUCCGCGCAAGUCAGUCAGUUUCCAUCCUGACCUUGGC